AUGGAGCACUUACGUUCUAAAACGGAUUAUUAUGACAUUAUGGACUUUUUGGCAGAUGGGUCAUUUGGAAAUGUAGUAAAAGGUAAGAAGAGGAGUAGUGGCGAAUUGGUGGCUAUUAAAUUCCAUAAGGAGAACAUCUCCAGAAAGGAAAUUAUGAAUGAGAUCGAAAUGCUCAAUGCUUUAGGACAAGUGGACCCAGAGGAAUGGCAUAUUAUCCGCUUCUAUGAGUAUUUUUAUUAUAACAUCAAGUACUACUUUGUUUUUGAGCACCUGCAGAAAGAUCUAUUUGAAUUCCAGAGGGAGAAGAAGUUUUCACCCCUACCUAUUAUGCACAUCAGAACAAUUACCACCCAGCUCCUGAAAGCCCUAAGCAAGUUAAAGGAACUUUCAAUAAUACAUACAGAUCUGAAGCCGGAAAACAUAAUGAUUGUUGACCAGGCAAGAUACCCUUUUAGAGUCAAAUUAAUUGAUUUUGGAUCUUCCAUUUAUUUAGAUACAGCCAAAAAAAUGAAGAAACCCUCCAUUCAAACUCGUUUCUUCAGAUCCCCAGAAAUUCUUCUGGGUUUGCCCUUUUCUGAGAUGAUUGAUAUUUGGUCACUUGGUUGCAUUAUGGCAGAAUUGCAUCUAGGAAGCCCUCUUUACCCUGGACAGAAUGAGUAUGACCAAAUUCGCUACAUAUGUUCAACCCAGGGGAUGCCCAACAGACAUUUAUUGAGUGAGGGCAUGAAAACGUACAACUUCUUUACCAAAAAAGCAGAUAAGUUUAAACUCAAAUCAAAAAAAGAAUUCUACUUAGAAACACAUGUAAAACCUCUUGAAAAAAGGAAAUUUAUCUUUCAAUCCUUGGAUGACUUGGAAUUGGUGACUGCCCAGCCGUCUAAAGAACGUACUGAGGCACUGGCUGAAUAUGAGGAUUUAAAAGCCAUGGUUGAUCUUAUUAAAAGGAUGCUAACUUGGGACUCCCAUGAAAGAAUAGAUCCUAAUGCAGCCCUGAGUCAUCCAUACAUUUCACUGUCAGAUAUGAAGAUCAAGUAUAAAUACACUGAAUAUUUGCAGCUCUCUACUUCUAGCCUAAAUAAUGCAUUAAAGCAAUAUCAAAGUCAGCAGUAUACAGUGAGUCCAGAUAAUAACUGUGGACAAUGCCUGGCUGAUUACCACCAUGAAGAGAAGAAGCAGGGGUUGGCAUCCAUGUCUCCUUUAUCAAGAAACAAUGACUCAGUGGACCUCAAGUUCACUGAAGACCUUACAAAAAAGGUUUCAGAAGUGAAAAAUCACUUACCUGAAAUAUCUUUAGGGACUCCUGAUUCAUGUUACCUCCCAGCCUACAAAAUAAACCUACCCAAUAGCAAACAGACAGAAGAUAUCACAACGCAUAAUUUAUUCAUCAAAGAUGUUUCUAAAAAUGAUGUUCGAGUGAGAGGAAAUAACAGCACUAACCAUCGUGGAAGCCCACCCUCUACAUCAAGCAAACAUCGCCAAAUGUACAAGCGUCUCAGACAGCCAUCAACGGAGGAUUCACAAGACCCUCCUCAAAAAAUGAGGAUUAUUUCUAAUUAA